AACUCCUGAAAGCCAUAGACUCACUACAUUCGUUGGAAAGCGAGCAUUCGCGGCACAACAAUCAGGACUCGAGUAUCUGUCGGGCACUCCGGAUGGAAAAGUUAGUUUUGGAAUCUUUGGAACGACGCUUGAGGAUGAACUCCUUGAGUGGGCAGACGGACGCGGCAAAGGCAUAUUUGGAAUUAGGCGGGAAGAUCUUGCUAACCGAGGCGCGCACGCGGAUAGAGCGAGACGGCUAUACGAGUACUCCUCCACCCGGUUUGUCCCGCCGAUCCCCAUUAUACCCAGAUCAGAUCAGUGUUACCCCGGAGCUCACCUACCCCACCGCCACUCCACAACCUCCGCCCACCCAGUUAGCGGAAAAAUACAUUCCCACCGUCCCAACCAG